GGAGACGUCCAGGCAGAAAGACAUGCUGUCAUGGCUCCCUGUGCUUUCUAAAAAUACUGUGACCGUCCCACUCCGGUCAUCCCAUGCCUCCACCUUCCUGCCCCACCGUGUGUCACAUUGUGCAGUAAUUUUAAAAGGCAGAUGGAGGACAGCGCUCAGCAGACACUUCAGGACUCAGUCUGAGAGACAGCUCAUCCUCUGACACUCUGCGGCACUGACAGGUAACACUUCCUCUUCACCUUCUCCCCGUCCUAUUUUAGACCCUGUGUUCUCUGCACUUUUCCUCUUCCCUCUCUAUUUUCCAAGUUUGGGCGAUUUUAUUCCCACUUCAAGGCUUGUGUGUCUAAAAUAAUAGCCUCAAAUGACACUUUUGCAGUUAAACAAAUCAAACCAUUGCCACAUUAGUCAUCAUCCUCAGGAUAUAUCCAGAUUUCUGAGUGGAUUAUUUGACUCAUUUGAGCAAGUGGAUGAGGAGCUUGUGCUUUUUAUUGAGUUGUAUUUUGUUGGGUAAACUGAACUUGUGUUAAGAGGGGAUAAGAAAUAUUCAACCCCAUUCCUUAUUGAAAUAUUAAAACAUAUAUUAAAGGCUAUUUAUAACAAAUUAAACAUGUGAGGUAAAUAGGUCUGAAGCUGUACAGAACAAAUCCCUUUAAUGACAUACUGUACAUGAAUAACCAAUUCAGUCUGCUAAGCCAAGCUACACAAGAAUCAUAACAUGUGACUUCAAAUGUAAAAUUGCAUUGUAAGCAAGUACACAUUUUACACAUCUGCAUAGUUUACAUAUUUGGUGGCUGUGGAAGUGAAACAGUUAUUCAAGUUAAAACAUGAAGAUGAAAGUCAUCUGAAAACUUUCGCUGAUCAGAAAUCCUUAAUGAUAUAAAUGUGUUGGCUAGCAUAUUGAAAAAAGAAGUAGCAAGCACAUCGUUAAUGAUUAAAAUAAGUAGCAGCAUUUGAGAAGUGACUAGAAGCCUUAGUUCUAAUACAUGUUAAACAGUAUAUUGCACAUGAAUGAAAGUCCUGGCCCCUUUGUAAAAACGAUGUAAUGAUAAGUAUGUUAAAACAGCUCGCCCUGCAUCUGAUCCAAGGUUCCGUCGAUAGCUGCCUUUGUGUUUCUGCGGGCACACCUUAUUUCAUUACAGUCCAAAUGAUUGUGUUAACUAAUUGUGGGGGAAAGUCCUUCCUGUUUGUGCCUGAACACUUCUAUCACGCCUUGAAUCACGUUCUGUUCAUUGUCAUAGCGGCUUCAUCAGCGGCCAAGGAGCGAUAAUAAUAUCAGCCCCAGAAAUGUUUUCUCUCUAUUGAUGUGAACUGAACUGACCCAGAAGAGCAUGAUUUUCCUCUUUGAAGACCUUCCAGUGCAAAUUCCUCCAGAAAUUGAGUUACAUAAGUUGCAUAAGAUUUAAUGUGCCAUCUCUUUAUUAGAUGUGGAACAGCGUAAAUAUUUAAACCCUGUUCUGAUACUAUUCCCCGAGCAAUUCAGCAGAGUAAUAGUUUAAAAUGUCUCCAAUAGUUCAUCUUCCUUCUCGUUUUACUGCUUUACUUUCCUCUUUAUUGCUGUUCCCCUCCUCCAUCUAAGCUUUUGGAAUUAAUCUCAGCACAUUUUCUUUGGUUGGAAUUUGAAGGGCCAAGCUAAUGAAGACAUCGUUAGACUUGAUUAAGACUUCUUUUGAGCUCUUCAAACUGAUUUAAAGGUCACAUUAUGUCCAUUUAUCAAGAGCAAAAUAUUGACUCUACAGUGUGUGCAUUCCUUGGGCUAAUUUGUUGUAUGUAGUGCUCAAUUAAGUAUUCUAGGAUUUUCCUGACACGUGGUCAUGAAGGCAUGAUGAUGACCAUGUGAGUAUGGACAAGAGACUCACAGAGGAGAUUUCAGUCAACAUGGCCGAGCGCUACGACUGCACGGAGUGUAAGAAGACGCUGUACGGGCAGAAGUACAUCCUGAAGGAGGAUAACCCGUAUUGCGUGGAGUGCUACGAGGAUCUUUUCUCUAGCUGCUGUGAAGUGUGCCAGAAGCUCAUUGGCUGCACCAGCAAGGAUCUGUCGUACAAGGACCAACACUGGCACAGCGAGUGUUUCCUCUGCAUCAAGUGCAGUCGGUCUCUGGUGGAUCGGCCCUUUGCCACCAAGGACGACAAACCGAUGUGCAUCGAGUGCUACAGCAACGAGUACUCCUCCAAGUGCCAUGCGUGCCUAAAGACCAUCAUGCCAGGCUCCAAAAAGAUGGAGCAUAAGGGCAACAGUUGGCACGAGAAUUGCUUCUCCUGCAACCGUUGCCAGCAGCCCAUCGGCACCCGGAGCUUCAUUCAGAAGGACACCAACAACUACUGCCUGCCGUGCUACGAGAAACAGUUUGCCAUGCAGUGCGUGCAUUGCAAAAAGCCAAUCACCACUGGAGGGGUGAACUACCGUGACCAGCCCUGGCAUAAGGAAUGCUUCGUCUGCAUCGGAUGCAAGCAGCAGCUGGCCGGACAGAGGUUCACCUCCCGGGACGAUUUCGCCUACUGCCUCGACUGCUUCUGCAACCUGUUUGCCAAGAAAUGUGCCUCCUGCACCACCUCGAUCAGCGGCCUCGGAGGCAGCAAGUACAUCUCAUUCGAGCAGCGUCAGUGGCACAACGACUGCUUCAACUGCAAAAGAUGCUGCGUGUCUCUGGUGGGUCGAGGCUUCCUGACAAGCAAGGACGACAUCCUCUGCCCCGACUGCGUCAAAGACAUCUGAGUGAUGUCCAAGCUGGAAAAUAGUUUGUCUAAUUUGGCACUGCCAGUCUUCUCCUUGCCUAUCAUUAAUUGUUUUGUCACACAUUAACUUACAGUACUGCUAAGGUGUUUUCUGCAUGUGCUGAUGAUUCGUGAUUUUCUCUUUUGAUGCACACGUUGCUAUUUAAUUGUAAAGCAAUGUCAAAAAUUGUGUAAAUGUUAUUUUGGGAUAAAACAUCAAUACAACUAUUUUUCAUAGAUAUAUUACAGCAUUUAAUAGUGCAGUUGUUCCAUUGCACAUCUGAUGGCAAUUAUAUAAUAUAUAUCUAGUUAAUGUAAUACUACUAAUACUGUUUCUAAUACUGUUUAUUCAAAUAAAUACAUACCGUUUACAACUGUGAAUUGUAAAAACAAAUGUAAUUCAUUCUUUUUGUUCGUCAGCAUGUGGCUUCUCAUGGAAACAAUAUUCUUCAUAACCUAAUAGAAAAGUGCAUCUAAUCCAUUAUGUUUUUAGCUCAGAUCAGUUUUGUAUUGUCAGGUUUGGACAAGUAUUCAUUUAUAAAUGUUGGUAAUCCAUUCAUGAAUGGAAAUGGGUUGUUUCAGUUACUAAUCCACCAUAAUGUCUGAAGUGUUAAAUGCUAAUAAGUAAUAAAUAAAGGAUUUUAAUGACUAUG